AAAUCAUGGUCGACAAAAAACACGAGGAAAAGUUGGUCGAGUUUGAGGGAAUGUAUCCAGAACUGGAGAAAGCCACCGAUGACUUAGAGAAAAAGGUUAAACUGGAAGACACUGACUACGACGAUCUUCUCAAAAAACCAGAAAAACCAUUUAAUGAGGAAACUGAACUAGCGGACUGGAAUCUUGUCCUGAAAGCAACUGAUUUCGCAGCUCGUCGCCAUCGCCAUCAGAAGCGUAAGGAUAAUGCGACCCCGUACAUUAAUCAUCCCAUUGGUGUAAUGUAUAUUCUCACAAAUGAAGCAAAAGUAUAUGAUCCAGUGACACUUGCUGCUGCAGUACUUCAUGAUGUUGUUGAGGAUACCAAGACGACUCCGGAGGAAAUUCAGCAAGAAUUUGGAAAUGAAGUGUUUCAAGUUGUGAAGGAGUGUACAGAUGAUAAGAAUUUGGCAAAAGCCGAAAGGAAGAAGCUUCAAAUUGAGAAUUAUGGAAAACAUAGUCAUCAAGCAAAGCUAGUCCAUUUGGCCGACAAAUUGUACAACUUGCGUGAUCUGGAACGCAAGGCACCAAUCGGAUGGGACAAAAAACGAGUUAACGAGUACUUUAAAUGGAGUCGUGAGGUAAUUGGUGAAAUGAAGGGAACUAAUGAAUCACUGGAAUAUGCUUUGGAUGACGUCAUCAACCGUCAUUUGGCCUAAUUUUUGAUUUCGAACUUUGUGAUGAUCUGUCGAUAUAUCUCCAUUUUAUCAGCUUUUCUAAAAUAAAUUUUUUCAAAUU